AUGGCGACGACUAUUCCCGGUAGUUUAGUAAACAAAACGAAAAAGUUCUUCAUGGGUAUGCCAGCACCCACAGGAUAUGUUCCUGGAGUGGGUCGAGGUAGAUAUUCAUCAAUCGAAUUGCAAAAUAAACUUUGUUUUGAGGUGCGACCGGUUUCACGACACGAUCGGAUAUCGGUCCAGCACGAGAUCCUACGGAUUUGCCCGAGGCCGGCCCUGUCGGCCCAAGUCCUGCUCCGGGCGCUCCACCGGCAAAAAAGGCCAAAGAAGACGAGGAAAAAGAGGGAGACAACCUCAACGACGCAAAUUAUGAUGAAGUUGGUUGUCGACUUUGUUACACAUUCAUUCCUUCAUAGCAAUGAUCAUCGUAAAUGAGAUCCGUUCGCCUUUCAUAUGAAUUUCUGUUAGAGUGCUUAUAGAACUUUAUAUCCUCAGUCAAAGGUCGUUAUGUCAGGUGAGAUACCAGAAAGAAUCUUCUGACUGGGACGAGAGUACAGUUAUUUGAUAGAAAUAGACGGAAUACAUGCUUCGUAAUAUUUAUUUUCAUUUAUAUGCAUAUCAAAAUUGCGUGAAUCAGUGAAAAUGUUUAUACCUAAGUUCAAUAUUGAAGUGUCGUUUUCAGUUCGAAGGGUACAGCGGCUCCUUGUUCUCGAGAGAUCCUUACGACCAGGAAGACGAAGACGCCGACCGCGUCUACAACGACGUGGACGAGCGACUCGACGAACGCCGACGCGACCAUCGGUUUCCCUUCGUCUUUCUGCCUUCCUUGUACGGCUUUCCCUUGUUUCAGUGAGCGUAAAUAUAAAGAAGCUAUAGAAAAGUAUCGCAAGGAACGUCCGAAAAUCCAGCAGGAGUUCUCCGAUUUGAAGCGACAACUGUCCGAGGUCCGUUUUGUUUUUCUUUCGUGAUGAACUUUGAUUUGAAUGAAUAUUCAUGUUUUGGAUCUUGUGUUUCAGGUCACAGACGAUGAAUGGGCGGCGAUUCCAGAAGUUGGCGACUUGCGGAACAAAGCAAAACGCAACCCCAGAACGGAAAAGUGUUUUUUUUUAUUUUAUCAAAGUUAGAUUAAGAUUUAUAAGAUCUGUUGGUCUUCAAUUCAAAGAUCUGCUUAUUAUUUUUAAGUGUAUGUACGGGAUGAAAAUCGCUACUUUCAAAAAUGAAGAAAAGCUCUAGGAAAGCUCAACGAGCCGAUUCCCUUUCUUUUUUUCUCCCAAAUCUCUUCCGUUAAACUUCUAUUGAUUUGUUGAUUGUUUUUUUUUUUUGAGAUUCACGCCUGUUCCGGACUCGUUGAUUGCUAUGGCGAUGCACUACGGCGAAACGACGAGUACAUUGGAUUCCCGGGUUCAAAAUGGGAUGCAGACGCCUUUCGGAUCUGGCUUGAUGACCACUCUCGCUGGAACUAAAUGUGCGAUUUGCUCUUACUCUGAUGAGACAUACGGAGCGUAGAUCUAGACUUUUUUAUAUAGAUAAUUUUCGUAGGGUUUAGACCUCUUUUUAUACAUUUUCAGACGUUUUUGGUACAAUAUUUUCGUAUCUGUUAACUGAACUAUUGCCACAGCACGCUUAUGAGGCAAAGAAAAACCAAGACCUAUUUUAGCGGGUAUACUGACGCCAGGGUGGAAAACAGGCAUUCAGACGGGCACUUCCAGCGCCUUGGACCUUGAUCUGGUGAAAAUCGGACAGGCUCGCAACAAAAUCAUGGAUAUCAAGCUCAACCAGGCUCGUCUUCCAUUUGAAUCCGGUUUCAUCCUUUCGAUUCUCUAGGUUUCGGAUUCAGUCACCGGUCAAACGGUCGUCGAUCCAAAAGGUUAUCUGACUGACCUCCAGUCGAUGAUUCCGCAGUAUGGUGGUGACGUUAAUGAUGUUAAAAAGGUGAUUUUUCGCGUUAACUUGGUAGAAAGUGUGUUUUGUUGGACUUGAAUGAAGAGAUUGAAAUGAGAGCUCAUUCAAGUAUUCAAGGCAAGAAUGCUGCUGAAAUCCGUGCGAGAAACGAAUCCACGACAUCCGCCGGCGUGGAUCGCCAGUGCAGGUCUCGAAGAAGCCGUCGGAAAGCUUCAGGUUCGAGAAAAAAGAUGAUGUUUCGAAAUUCUCAUUUUCAGACAGCGCGUAACUUGAUCAUGGAGGGUUGCGAGAAGAACAAAGGCUCUGAAGAACUUUGGCUCGCUGCCAUUCGGUAGGUUAUAUUCGAACCAAGAGAUAUUUCAAUUGUUAGUAAGUGAUGUUAGUGAAGAAUAGCCAUGAGAAGGCUUUUAAGGUCGAAAACUUUGAAAGAUAUAUAUCGGAAAAAAUGUCUCUGAAAAAAGAAAAACAUUUUGACAAAUUUCGUCAUCACAUUUUCAUACAUAGCCUCAGAAAAAGCUUCUAACUCAUAGAAUUUAUGUUGUUCUAUUUUUAGUUUGCACCCGCCAGAAUUGGCCAAGUCGAUCGUGGCGAACGCCGUGAGAGCCGUUCCACAGAGUGUUCGACUGUGGAUCCGCGCAUCGGACAUCGAACUCGACCUGAAAGACAAAAAGAAGGUUUGCUAUAGACGAAAUUUGAGCUAAUACGAAUCUAAUGAACUAGCAAAAUUUUUUUAGGAAAGUAUUUGAUAGAUUUGAGCCCUGAAAUACGCGUUUUUACACAACGUUUGGUCCAUGGAAAUAUUUAAUAUUUUUUUUUUUCGAAAUUGGAAUUUGAAAAUUUGUUUUCUUUGAGCUAAGUAUACGAUAUAGCACUGGCCCACUAGGAUUCUCUUCUCGAAGCUUUUUUCAAUAAUAUUUUUUGAAACUUUGAAACUUUGAAACUUUAUUCAGUCUUCAGAGAAGGUACUCUGCUGAAUCAUGGAAUAAUUGAAGAGUUGUUCGUCGGUUUGCGAAACUGUCGUUGAUCAAACGUAGACGGCGCGUAGAGCAUCUCGUCUUUCUUGUGAUAGUAGUAGACGACUUUCGAGCGUUUCCGACGAUCACUGCUUCUCCAUGUAGGAACGGUACGGCGCCCAGCUUGUCCAGGGCUGACGGGCGUCGGAAUAAAUCUCAGACGAGAGCGGAAAAUAAUAUUUUUUUGGAUUUUUAAACUCAUUCAAUUUUGGAAACUAAUGGCUUCGAUUGUAUUGAAACCCUCUCGAAGGCUUCUUAAUUUUCAGGUGCUUCGCAAAGCAUUGGAGCAGAUUCCAUCGUCCGUGCGUCUGUGGAAGGCGGCCGUAGAACUCGAAGAUCCGGAAGACGCCCGAGUUCUGCUGACGAGAGCCGUCGAGUGCUGCAGGUUCAUUUCCUCAGUCGAGAGACCCUUCAUCCCCAUUUGUUCAGCACGAGUACCGAGAUGUGGCUGGCCUUGGCACGACUGGAAUCCUACGAAAAUGCGCGGAAAGUGCUGAACAAAGCCCGCGAACACAUUCCCACGGACCGACACAUUUGGCUGAAUGCGGCGAGGCUCGAGGAGACCCGAGGACAAAGGGAAAUGGUCGACAGAAUCGUCGCCAAGGUACGUCAUUGCGAAAUAAAGUUUAGAAAAAAAGAGUUGGAGAAAACUAUGAGAAACAAGCUUGGAAACUAAAAUCCUAUUGGAAAAACCAAAAGGUUCAGUCUAAAUUUUCGAUUUUUUGCAUUAAAAGGUGGAUACCUCGCAGUGAAAGGAAUUUCGCUCUGAUUUCGAUGUUUUCAUGGAUACAAAAAACUACUGACUUCAGUAUCGGGUUUAAAGGGAAACGGGAACCGAGCCACUUUUAUACAUACAUUCUCUGAACUCUCCAGAGCUUUGUAAAGAGAGAAGCGGGAAUCAAAAAGGUUAACUAGGGAAAGUUUUUUACCCCCCGGUCGAACUUUUGAUGAAAUUAUGAAAAUUUGCUGUAAUGUAAUUUAGGACCUCCUGAUGCCAGAACAAGAGAAAACUUUCUCACAAUGAAUUUCUUUUCGAGUUAAAACGCUUCAAAAGCCCAAAAUAUUGCUCUUUCGCUAUAAGUUGCUUUUUUUUUUAACGAACUUUGAAGCUUCAUAAAUUCAAGCUUUUUUUGUAAUUUUCUCAAUUUUUGCUUGCAAAUCUUUACCUAACUACUGGGGCUACGGGAGCUGAAAUCUUUUUUUCUUUCUCGACUGUAGUUUUUUGUAGGCGAUAUCUUCUCUGAAAGCCAACCAAGUGGAGAUCAACCGCGACCAUUGGAUGAAAGACGCGGUGGACGCCGAGCAGGCCGGCUGUCCCCUCACUUGCCAGGCCAUCAUGUUCGAUCCCCGGUUCUCAUUGUAAUUUCAAUCAACAUUUCCAGUCGCAAUGUUAUCGGGUUGGGAGUCGAAGAUGAGGACAAGAAAGUCACUUGGCUUGAAGAUGCGGAAUCUUUCGAGCGCCAAGGUGGUUUCUGUUGUGUCUUUUUUUCAGUUCAAACUAAUUCUUCCUAAAUUCUUUUGAAUGGCUCAAUUUCCAAAACUUAGAGUGAAGAGAAAAUUUUUGUUUCUAGAACUUUAGUUUACAACUUCCGGUUUUCAGCUGCUUACGUUUGCGUCCGCGCGGUGUUCGCGAUCGCCCUGAAAGAAAUGCCUCGGAAGAAAAGCGUCUGGGACGCCGCCAUCCAGUUUGAAAAGGAGCACGGCUCAAUGUCAGGCUUUUUUCAUAUUUCAAACCUUUUCAUAUACUCAAGUUGCUGUGGAAUUGAUAACGUGGAUCGUUUUUCUCUCAAGAAUCUUUCCUUUUAAUCUGUUUCUUUCUUUUUAAAUGUUUUAGUCUUUGAACUUGAAUGCUCACGUCUUCAGAUUGAUGAUUUAGUUUUAUGGAAAAUCUAUGAUUAGUUUCAGAGCUGAACACGAAGCGAUUCUGUUGAAAGCCACUGAAGUCGUGCCGGAAGUCGAAGUUUCUGGCUGA